UGAAAUCUGGCAAAUCAUCAUCGACUUAUUCCAUUAGUCAACCAAGAAACAACAAUGAAAUCCUUUACCACAAUAGUUGCUUUUGCCCUUUUGGCUUUUGCUUCUGCCAGUGUUGCCAACAAAAUUGAAACAGCUGACAACAUUGAAAUUGCCCAAUUACCAUCUACAGGCAUCGAAAUUUCUCAGUUACCUUCAGAAAUCGAACAAGAAGGAAUUGAAAUUUCUCAUUUGCCUUCAGAAGUCGAAGUUUCUCAUUUGCCCUCAGAAAUCGAACAAGAAGCAAUCGAAAUUUCGCACUUGCCUCCAGAAAUCGAACAAGAACAAAUCGAAAUUUCUCAUUUGCCUUCAGAAAUCGAAAUUUCCCACUCGCCUACAGAAAUCGACCAAAAACCAAUCGAAAUUUCUCACUUGCCUUCAGAAAUCGAACAAGGACAAAUCGAAAUUGGCCAAUUGCCAGCCGAUAUCGAUCAAGUGCCAUCAGAAACCGAAGAACCAAGCGUUUUGAGUGCUUGCGACAUUUGCUUCAGCCACAUUGAAACUUUGAUCAGCGCCCUUGAACAAUCUUUGUAAAUGAAAUAACAAUAAAUAUUUUCAUGAGUAACUU